GCAGGAGGAAGUGGUCGGGACGGUCUGACAGUGACUCUGUUGAACAAUGGCAGCUAAGGCAGUUCUGCCUAGGAGGGCCGACCCCACUGAGCUGAAAGCCAUUUUUGAAAAGUAUGCCAGUGUAAAGAAGAACGAUGAGCACUUCAUGUCGCCGCAGGACUUUGUGGGCCAUUUCCUCAAUGCCCACACAGACAUCCGGCUGUCGGAAGAGGCCACAAAGCUGCUUGCAGGAGUGGUGGACCAGAAGAAAGAUGGGUUGAUCUCCUUUCAGGAGUUCGUAGCAUUUGAGUCGGUGCUGUGUGCCCCGGACUCCCUCUUCAUGGUUGCCUUCCUGCUGUUUGAUAACGCGGGCAAUGGAGCGACCGCUUUUGAGGAUGUGAAGCAGGUCUUCAGCCAGACGACCAUCCAUCAGCACAUCCCCUUCAACUGGGACUGUGAGUUCAUACAGCUGCACUUUGGAACGCAGAGGGACAAGCAGCUUGGCUACGGAGAGUUCACCCAGUUCCUCCUGGAGAUGCAGCUGGAACAUGCGCGACAGGCUUUUAUCCAGCGGGAUCAAGCCCACAGCGGCUCCAUCUCAGCUCUGGACUUCAGGGACAUCAUGGUCACCAUCCGGCCACACAUGCUCACGCCCUUUGUGGAGGAAUGCCUCGUGGCGGUUGCGGGAGGCAGCACAUCUCAUCGCGUCAGCUUCUCCUACUUCAAUGGCUUCAACUCGCUGCUCAACAACAUGGAGCUGAUCAGGAAGAUCUACAGCACCCUGGCCAGCCACCGCAGAGAUGUUGAAGUCACCAAAGCCUUAUCAGGGGUGUGGACCAUAACUGACCCAGACCAAGAGCCCAUGCGCUCCCGGGCUGUUCCCACCAUGGCCACACCAUGCUGGGCUUGGCUCAACCAGUGGUGGCCUCUAGCCAGCCAGACCUCCGCAGCCACCACCCUUUCACCCUCCACUGCCCAAGUCAUUAAGGUCUCCUCUGGGACUCUGGUCCAUGUACUACUAAUGGCCCACAAAUACACUCUGUCACACGCCUGUAUACGUGUUGGUUUAAUGGACAUCGAGAAGAUCGCUCCGCUGGAGGAAGGCGCCCUGCCCUACAAUUUGGCAGAGGUCCAGAGACAGCAGUUGGGCAGUGAUGGCUCCCGCCCUGUCCUCGUCCAGGUAGCAGAGUCGGCCUACAGGUUCACCCUCGGCUCAGUGGCAGGGGCUGUGGGUGCCACAGCGGUGUACCCCAUCGAUCUGGUGAAGACACGCAUGCAGAACCAGAGGAGCAGCGGCUCCCUGGUGGGAGAGCUCAUGUACAAGAGCAGCUUCGACUGCUUCAGGAAGGUGGUGCGCUAUGAAGGCUUCUUUGGACUUUACAGGGGUCUGGUACCACAGCUACUGGGUGUGGCGCCCGAGAAAGCCAUAAAGCUCACAGUGAAUGACUUUGUGCGAGGAAAGACCAGACAGAAAGAUGGCACCGUCCCUCUGGCCUCUGAGAUCCUGGCUGGUGGAUGUGCCGGAGGCUCUCAGGUGAUCUUCACCAACCCUCUGGAGAUAGUGAAGAUUCGUCUGCAGGUGGCAGGAGAGAUCACCACGGGGCCAAGAGUCAGCGCCCUGUCUGUCAUCAGGGACCUGGGUUUUUUUGGACUUUACAAGGGUUCCAAGGCUUGUUUUCUGCGGGACAUCCCCUUUUCAGCCAUCUACUUCCCCUCUUACGCUCACAUCAAGGCUUACCUCACUGAGGAGGAUGGGAGGAUAGGGCCAGCCAAGAUGCUGUUUGCUGGAGCUCUGGCAGGUAAAAAGCUUUCAUCUUUACUGCCUCGCUACACUAGCUGGCAAGGGCAAAUUCAUGCUUUCCUUAUCCUUAAAAAAGAGUGGUCAUAG